AUGAUGAGUUCUAAUCAGGAGGAGGUCACUUUGGGCGCUUUUCUCCAGUAUAUUGAAGAUAUGGGGAUGAAGGCCUAUGAUGGCUUGGUUAUACAGAAUGCAUCAGACAUUGCUCGAGAGAAUGAUCGCAUGAGGAAUGAAACAAACCUGGCUUACUUGAAAGAAAAGAGUGAAAAACGCCGAAAACAAGAGGAAGCAAUAAAACGAAUAGGUGGAGAAGUAGUGAGAGGAAAUGAAGGAAGCUAUGUGGGCAAACAUUUCCGCAUGGGAUUUAUGACAAUGCCUGCUCCUCAGGACAGACUGCCACAUCCUUGCUCCAGUGGCUUUACCGUGAGAUCCCAGUCCCUUCAUUCUGUUGGAGGAACCGAUGACGAAAGCAGCAGCUCUCGUAAGCAACCACCUCCAAAACCUAAGCGAGACCCCAACACCAAACUGAGCACCUCAUCUGAAACAGUCAACACUGGAACAACAAGUAAAAGUGGGAAACUACCAGACAGGACUGAAGUGUCAGCCAAACCGAGACCUCACAGCGAUGAAUACACCAAGAAGAUUCCACCUCCUAAGCCGAAACGAAAUCCAAACACUCAGCUAAGCACAUCUUUUGAUGAAACGUAUAUCAAAAAGCAUGGCCCUAUGAAGUCAACACUCACUAGAGAUGCCUCACUAUCGCAGGUCAGCAGUCCUGCCCCAGACACAGAGGAAGAAGAGCCUGUUUAUAUUGAAAUGGUUGGGAAUAUUCUCAGAGAUUUCAAAAAAGAUGAGGAUGACCAAAGUGAAGCAGUCUAUGAGGAGAUGAAAUACCCUAUAUUUGAUGAUGUAGGCCAAGAUUCAAAAUGUCAAUGUGAAUAUGACCAUCACACUUGUUCUUCUCAGUGUGCUACUCCUACAGUGCCUGACCUAGAUUUCACCAAGUCUUCAGUGCCAUCUACUCCCAAGGGCUUGCUUUGUGAUAUACCCCCACCAUUUCCAAAUCUGCUUUCUCACAGACCUCCACUCCUGGUGUUCCCACCAGCACCAGUGCAGUGUUCUCCAAAUUCUGAUGAGUCUCCUCUAACUCCACUAGAGGUCACAAAGCUUCCCGUUUUAGAAAAUGUGUCUUACAUCAAGCAACAGGCUGGAGCAUCUCCAUCUUCACUGCCACCUCAUACACCAGGUCAUCAAAAACUGGAAAAAGACCAGACAGUAUCUCAUGGAACUAGCACCCCUGGACACACGUCCUCCCCUCCUCAUCCUUCUACCUUAUACAGAACACAAUCUCCACAUGGUUAUCCUAAAAGUCACUCUGCCUCACCUUCUCCUGUCAGUAUGGGUAGGUCUCUUACCCCCUUAAGCCUCAAAAGACCUCCACCUUAUGACUCUGUACAUUCAGGAAGUCUCUCAAGAAGCUCUCCAUCAGUGCCUCAUUCUACAGCCAGAAACACGUUACAAGAAGGAGGAAAGAUGGUGAAUGCCUCAGUCAGUACCUAUGGCUCAUCAUCUCAGAGUGGUUCCCGUUCUCGGACACCCACCAGUCCUCUGGAGGAACUAACCAGCCUCUUUACCUCAGGACGAAGUCUCCUGAGGAAGUCCUCCAGUGGCAGAAGAUCUAAGGAACCUGCAGAAAAACCACUAGAUGAGUUCAAGAUCAGAAGUCACAGCACUGAGCCACUACCAAAGCUGGAAAACAAAGAGAGGGGAGGCCAUCAUGGGACAGCUUCCUCCAGGGAGCCAGGAAAAGCUCAGGAAUGGGAUGGAACGCCAGGCCCACCUGUGGUGUCCAGCAGGCUGGGGAGAUCCUCUGUCAGUCCAACGAUGUUGGCUGGAAGCAACAGCUCAGAGCCUAAAGCAAGUUGCAGAUUAGGUCGGUCUGCAUCCACAUCAGGUGUGCCUCCUCCGUCUGUCACUCCGCUCAGGCAAGCCAGUGAUCUUCAGCCGAGCCAGGUGACGUGUAUGCAGUGGUUGCAAGGGGACCACACAAUGCUGGACAUGAUUGAGAAAAAACGUUGCCUCUGCAAAGAAAUAAAAGCCCGACAGAAAUCAGAAAAAGGACUCUGCAAACAGGAGAGCAUGCCUAUUUUGCCAAGUUGGAAAAAGAAUACUGGGACCAAGAAAUACAGCCCUCCUCCUUAUUCCAAACAACAAACUGUGUUUUGGGACACUGCCAUUUGA